CCUCCACUUCAUCAUAAACUAACGCAAUCCUCCAAUAAUCUUCACCUAACUUUUCUCUUUCGUUUCGAUCUCUUAUCGUCUCUGCAACAAUGUCUGGUCGUGGAAAGGGAGGUAAAGGUUUGGGCAAGGGAGGUGCCAAACGUCACCGUAAGGUACUAAGGGAUAACAUCCAGGGUAUCACCAAGCCUGCGAUUCGUCGUCUCGCCAGGCGUGGUGGUGUGAAGCGUAUCAGUGGUCUUAUCUAUGAAGAAACUCGUGGGGUUCUGAAGAUCUUCUUGGAGAAUGUCAUCCGUGAUGCUGUGACCUACACAGAGCAUGCUCGUCGUAAAACCGUUACUGCUAUGGACGUGGUUUAUGCUUUGAAGCGACAGGGCAGAACUCUCUAUGGUUUCGGUGGUUAGGGUUCGAGGGUUCAUUGUAUUCGCUUUGCAGAAUAGAAUCAUCGACAGCUUUGAAUUUUCUUUUCCCCUUUUGUGGUUUUGUUGAAGCUUGUAAAAAUAUUCAGAUCUUCUGAAUGAUUAAGGUCUUUUGAUGAUAUCUCAGCCUUCAAUUUUAACGAAAAUGAAAUUGGUUUUUGUGAAAUUUAUCUUGAA